CGCGUCAACCCUUAAUGAUGAACAAAUCAGUUACCCCAUCAUUUCAAUUUUCUGAUACUUCUCUCCCUUAAAUUCCUUCCAUUUUCUCUCUUUCGACCACCAUUGAAGCUUUCCGAGAAGCAGCUCUCACACGCAAUUCCAUUUGCUUUAAGUAGAAAUAUUCCUUACUUUUUUCUCACAGUAAGUUCUGCUACAAUUUCUAGUAUUCUUUCCAAUUUUCGCCUCUGAAAUUGCUGUAUAAUUUAUGGGUAUUUUUGUUGAUAAUACUUCACCCAGAUUAUAAAUUUUUUCUGGGUUAAUUUAGGUUGUGGUGUGGAAUUCUAAUUCCUAGGGUAGAGAAAUGAAUCAUGACUGAUUUUUUUCUGGAAUUUGAAGAUUUAGCGUUAGAAUUGUUCUGGUAUUUUUUGGAUGCCUUUGAAUUUCUCGCUGUUGAAUUACUUGCUUUCUUCUUAGUAUUUGCUUCUUUAAUUGAAGAUUUGGUUGUAUUCUAUUUUAUCCGAAUCAAGAUUCUUGCUUAAUUGGACUGCAAUUAAUUAAUUAAGGGCUGUAAAUGUUAAUUUAUGGGUUCCAUGGAAAAGGGUUUUGUGCAUUACUGCUGUGUUGCGAAAGGGGGUAAGAUUUUACACGCAUUUAAUGGGGAAGAUGAUGAAAUCGAAAAGUUGGCGGCAGUGUGCUUGGAAAGAACUCCUCUAUGCCAUAGAUGGUAUACUCAAACUAUGAGUGGGAAAACUUUUAUGUUUUUGAUGGAAGAUGGGUUUGUUUACUUUGCAAUUGCCAAUGAAGGGAUCGAAAAUUCUGCACUUCUGAGGUUCUUAGAGCGUGUUAGGAUCGAGUUUAAGAAGAUCACUAAAAAGGGUUCGAGUUUUGGUAGAAAAGGGGGUGCUUCAAACUCCAAUGUUAACUUACAAGAACAAUUGGUUCCUGUCAUUCGCCAAUUGAUUACUUCGUUGCAAAAUGUUUCACAAACCGGAUCAAAUAGCAAAGGUAGUAUUAGUAUCACGAACCCAUCUUCAUCUCCUUGUAAUUCGUAUUAUGGUGGGGUGGUGGAAGUUACAACUUCAACCAAGGCGCCAUUAUUAGGGAAUAGUAAGUCUUUGAAGCAAGAUAAGAAGGUUAAGGAUCAUCACAUGAUUGCAAUGAGAGGUAUUGAGCUAGAAGAAAACUGCAGUUCUGCAGAUUCUAGCACUGCAGGUGCAACAGUUUCUCCAUUGGCAUUACACAAGGAUAUGAGCUCUUCCAUGAGGAUGAGGUCAAGAAGAAAAUGGUGUCGGUUAGUACGGUUAGUUCUCGUUGUUGAUGCUGUUGUAUGCAUUAUAUUGUUGCUAGUUUGGCUGCUGAUUUGUCAUGGUUUCCAAUGUGUUCGUAGUUGAGUAAAAAAAUGUUUCUGAAUUGUUGUGGGUAUUGGAGGAUGUAGUUCCAAUAACCAACAUUUUACAGGAAUACAGUGGAUGUAUUAUGUAUAGCAAUUGUUUUUUCGCCUGUGGUAUAAACAUUCCAAUUAUGUAGGCAUUCAGUGUUAGAAAUAUGUGUACAGCUCUAUAGUUCCAGAACUUCAUUGUUACAUGAACUGGUCACAUUGUCUAACAGUAAUAAUAUAUGUUUGCUUUCUGGCA